CAGCACUCAGCAGUGGAGCGACUCUGGCAGCCGUGGCGGCCGCCUCUCACCCUCCCACGUCCCGCUUUCAGUAACCGACUCUGCACUGCUGAUGCGCCCAGCCGCCAUCACUCCCCGUUCCCUCACACCUCGGCUGAGAGCUCGUAUUCUCACCGGAGCUUCCCUGUCAUCAUUACGGUUACCGCGCAUCUGAAAACAACUCGCACACUCUGGACUUCCUAAUAAGCCACCGAGUAGUACCCUCCGUUUCUGAAUGACGGGCGGUCGGUUCGAUUUUGACGAUGGUGGCACCUACUGCGGAGGCUGGGAGGACGGCAAAGCCCACGGCCAGGGUGUGUGCACCGGACCCAAGGGCCAGGGUGAGUACUCGGGCUCGUGGUCCAACGGUUUCGAGGUGGUCGGCGUCUACACCUGGCCCAGCGGGAACCUGUACCAGGGCUACUGGGCGCAAGGGAAACGCCACGGACUCGGCGUAGAAACCAAGGGGAGGUGGGUUUACCGGGGAGAGUGGACUCACGGGUUCAAGGGCCGGUAUGGAGUCCGGCAGAGCCUGAACACACCGGCCAGGUACGAAGGCACCUGGAGUAACGGACUGCAGGACGGAUAUGGCGUGGAGACGUAUGGGGAUGGAGGUACGUACCAGGGUCAGUGGACUGGUGGGAUGCGUCAUGGCUAUGGCGUGCGUCAAAGUGUUCCAUACGGUAUGGCCUCAGUCAUCCGCUCACCUCUACGAACCUCGCUGUCUUCCCUCCGUAGUGAGCAGAGUAAUGGCACAGUUCUGCGUGACAGUCUGUCUGACAGCCCUGCUGGUACACGUGGUGGCUUCGUACUCAACUUCCACUCGGACGGAGAAGGUUCAGAGAAGAAGAAGGGUCUUUUUCGCCGUGGUUCCCUCUUCGGGAGCCUUCAGCGACUGCGCAAAUCAGACUCACGCUCGUCAAUUUCCAGUAAGCGAAGCUCAGCACACAGUGACACCAACAUGAGCCGCAUCAGUUCAAGCGACGCCAACUCCACCAUCAGCUUUGGAGACGCUGACCCGGGCGAUGACUACCUGCCUCUGGAGGACAAUGUGGAUGCCACCACCACCGAGUCCUACAUGGGCGAGUGGAAGAAUGACAAGCGCAGUGGCUUUGGUGUCUCUGAGCGCUCCAACGGCAUGAAGUACGAAGGCGAGUGGUUGAACAAUAAGCGCCAUGGCUAUGGCUGCACCAUCUUUCCUGAUGGCUCGAAGGAGGAAGGAAAGUACAAGAACAACGUGCUGGCCCGAGGCAUCAGGAAGCAGCUGAUCCCCCUGAGGAACACCAAGACCAAACAGAAGGUGGAUCGAGCCAUCGAGGGAGCAGUGAGAGCAGCAGCUAUCGCCAAAACCAAAGUAGAGAUUGCCAUCUCCAGGACGUCCCAUGCCCGGGCCAAAGCAGAGGCUGCAGACCAGGCUGCGCAGUCAUCCGGGCAGGAUUCUGAUAUUGCCAGAGCUGUGGCCAGAGAGCUCUCUCCGAACUUCCAUCAGCCAGGCCCUGACUACAUACGGCAGAAGUAUAAUGAGCCAGUAGAGGUGAAGGAGGUUCCUGUGGAGGAGAAAAAGAAAUCUCCAUCAGGGAGCCCUCAUUUCUACCGGAAAGGCACAACUCCCGACCAGUCUCCAUCUGACAGCCCAGUUCCCAGCCCCACUCCUUCACCUGCCGUCAUUAAAAACACAAUUUUUAGCAGUAAAACUCCCACCGCUGUUGCUCCACCGAAGCCUACUGGGAAAGAGAACAAAACCCCAACAGCUCAGUCUUUGACAGCAGGCAUAACAAAGGCAUCAUCAAACCUUUCCCCCAGACAGGAAGUGAGGCAACAGGAGGCUCCUUCAGCACUUAAACCAGCUGUUAGCGCGGCAGUCAGCAGUUACCCCAGCAAUGGGCAGAUUCACUCCCAGUACCAUGGUUACUAUGUCAAGGCAGAUGUCAAGAUUCCGCCACCCGAGGAACCACUUGGUGUGGAGGACGACUUUCGCCCAUCAAGCUUUGCACGCUUGCCGCCACCUGCAAAACCGAUUUGGGCUCCAGCACCAAAAUCCCUGCCGGCUCCGCCAAAGGAGGACACAAAAGCACCAGAUCCUCCCAAGCCUAAAAGACAGGAAUCAACUAAACCAAAGAGCCUUGCAGAAACCAAGAAAGCUAGUAUGGAAAUAGUUCCUGAAAUUGUAGAGGAGGAGUCGGGCCCAAACUCCAUCUUGGUGGCUUUAGUGAUGCUGUUGAACGUAGGUUUAGCAAUCAUUUUUGUCCAUUUCCUCACCUGACCAAAUCUGAACUCAGUGGACUCAUCCAAACGAGUCGCCCAAGUCGCUAACUCUCCAUCAGCCAAAGGGUCCUUUUAAAAAAGACGGCGCCCCUCAGAACGACAGACACGGGCAAAGCAGAGGACUGAAAAUAGCCGAGUGAAGGUGGAGAAGACGUGGGGGGAUCACAUGGAGGAGAGAGGGGAAAAAGCAGAGAGAAAGAAAGAUGAAACCUCCACUACCGCCGACCCCCGGCCCCCCCUCUCUGGAUGAACUGAAUGACUGUCUUUGGUGGCCGUGUUUAACUUGAUUGGACUGGCGAUGAUUUGUGACCCCACUUAGAGUGCAGUGAAAGCUGAAGCAAGCAGUCGCUGGUUGGAAAUGGGCCCCUGAGCCCCCCAACUAUGGAUUCUCUAUCAGGCUUAUAAAUAACAGGAGGCCUGGAGAGUGGAGUGAAUGUGAGUGAGCGUGAGGCCUGGCAUCUCUAAAUGCCUGCAAUGUGUGUGUUUGUCUCACUGUUGCUCCCUUUCCAUCCAACUGUUCAGCAAAUUUGGAAGUUUUGAAAUGCUGCAAUAAAAGGUUUGUGAGUCGUUCAGCUGACUUAAAGAGAAUCUGUGUCGUAAAGGAUCCACCAGACAAACAGAGAGCGCCUUUACGUUAUUCAUUAGUAAUUAUUGCCACGGUUGGUCAUUGGCCAUGUUACCAUCAGGCUACAUCCAGUUUGGAUGGACAGUAUUUUGAACACAUUUGCAGAAAAUCAGAAAGCCCAUUUUGAAGUGUAGUGCACUUUAAUUGUUCACCAGGGCCUUUGUUGUUGAGCCAAUCAACACAUUUCUUCUGCCAUCUGCUGCAUAAUUUGUUGAUUAUGAAACUACGUUCUGCUUGAAGACGUUUUUUGUUUUGAGGACCUUUUGUUGAAUUUUGCUGCUUCUACUCAAUUUAUAUAAAAAUCCACACAAAAGUAUUUGGAUGGAAACCAAGCUUGUGGAUAUAUCAGUGGAUUUUACACAUUUUUCUGCUUCUGCUUCUGCUGUGUGUGAGCGUGUGUGUGUGUGUGUGUGCAUGUGCGUAUGGGUGUAUGUCUUCGGACUGGAUAUGUUCAGAGAUGCACUUUGAGCUGAUGGAAGCCAACAGCUGCCUUACUAUUUUACAGAGUGACGUGGUGGUGGGUGAGAAGGGCCCAGGCAGGAAUGUGAAGCGCUCGGCUGAUUCUCCCUCGGCCAUGUCCUGGGAGAGGGGCUCUAUUUCUAUCAGUCUGUCUAUCGAUCUGUUCAUAUCUGUUUUUAUCUGUUUCCGUGGGGUCUACCUGCUGUUUUAUAUGCCACAUCAGGUGCACAUAAGACAAUCAGAGGGGUUUAAAACAUUUGCAAAACAUAACCACAACCUGAUACUUAAAAAAAAAAAAAUUCAUUUGAAUUUUGCAAACACUAUAAUUCCAUAGUGCAUUGCAUACUUACAAUGUGAUGGAGAGUCUUUUAAUGAAUGGAUGAAAAAUUCCUUUUGACUUGGCAUUCAUGGAUUCUUAGUACUGAACUAUGAAUGUUUCUAUAUUUUCAAUUACGUUCCCUCAGUCCUCAUUAACAUUGGCUCAUAUAUCCUUAUGAUAGAGCUUGGAGUAUGAUAGCUGUAUAUACCAUAUAGGAUUUCCUUUAAUCGAAGUCCAAUUUUAAUACAUUUAGAUACACUCCCUGAAUCUUUAGCAUGUAAUCCCUCCUAGCUCACUAUUUUUCAAGAGUACAAUAACACCUCCAUAACUGUCAGAUUUCAGCAGAAUAUACCAUAAUGGUACUGCCACUUAUAAAUUGCUAGGCCACCUGUAAGUAGCUAGUCACUUAGGCUAAUAUCCCCAACCCCCCCCCCCCCCCCCCCCCCAUUAUGAAAUUAAACAUUGAGGUAGCUCUUUCUAAUUUGAGAUUCUCAUUACUUGAAUAACUCAAAUUCAUCAAGUGAUGAUUUCAGCCAGUUGGCAAAACCUGCGCAGUGAGCUGGGAGUGUAUUGUUUGUGGUAAUGUGUGUGUCAGUGAGCACUGUGAAGGACUAUACUGUAGAUACACACAGUACACACAACAACACUGUUUGUCACACGGUGGAAAAGGAACGCAACUCAAAUUCUGAAUGAAAGUUCCACAUUGGAAUGUGUAGUCUGCUUUGCUCUGAAUCAGGUGGAUAGAAAGAUGCAUACAGGUUUCCUUCUUCCUGAUCACUACAGCAGGUAGAACUCCAGAUAGAACCGUGGUUACAUGUACCUCUGGUGUGGAGUCGCUGUGAAGAGAGAUGAAGGUUUUCAGUUAAAGCUGAGCAUGAGGUGAGAGCUGGGUGUGACCUCUCGUUCAACAAAAGGAAGAGGCCUCAAUCUGGUUUAACAUUCAAACUACUGCAAAGACUUUUAGUCACGCAGACCCUCCAAGAUAUCCUCCAUAAUAACAAUAUUAAAUCAGUCGUUGGAAGAAUGAACUUAGUGUUUGCUCAGCUUUUUUUCCUUUACUGCAUAUAUGCACAGCGCCGUGAUGCUGAAUAUAUACUAUUUAUUUAUUCAUAUUUUGAUUUGAAAUAAAUGCAUUUUGCAGCUUUAACCAAUAAAAGAAUGUGUGCUGAUGACGCUGAAUAAUGAUUAACUGUCAGUGAUUAACAGUGUGUGUUUUUAUCAAUGCAUUUAUUCAUGAUACCUGGUAUGUGUAACAACGGCCUAAUGCUUCAUUUUCAGCUUUUGUUUAAUAUUCCAUAUGUUACAACAAGCCAAAGUGUCUACAUGUUGAUACGCUUUAUUUUACGGGUUCAUAACUUACAAAUAAUUUCCAUAAAGUUAUAAUUCUUACCAGUAAACUUUUCAGGAAAUAAUAAGUAAAUUAUGAGCCUGAAAGAUAUAGCAUUAAGGUGUCGGGAUGGGUUUUAAUGCAUACAGUGUGCAGUCACCUUCAACCAGAUAUAUUAUUACAUUAUUAAUUGAAAUCGAUUUCUUGGUUAAAUCCUUUACAUUCUGUAGUUUAUUUCUGCAGAUUAAUUAGGUAUUUUAUUACCAAGAAAGGUUCUAUUUAUAUGUUGUAUGCCCCAAAAUAUGAUAUCAGUUCUUUUGAUUGUUACAUGUUUAUCUCUGCCAAGUGGCCGUGGUAUAAUAAGUCACUCAGACCUGUAGGUUUGUGAAAAAUAAGAGCAUCUGUGGAAGCCGAGAGCGAGAUUAGCUUUCAUUUAGUUUGGUGUCUGCAUUUCACACAGUAAGGGCUUUGAGAUGGUUAUCAUGAGUUCUGCUAUGUUUUUCACGUUUUUAAUUUAUUCAAAGCUGCUGGUGUGUGAAUGGUGGUUUUAAAUAAAGUUUUUGCCCUUUGAAAUCAGCCACUGCUAACACGCAUGAUUACGUGUCAAAACGUAUUUAUGUAUUUGGAUGAAAGGUUUAGAUAGAAUAUUUGAACUCUUAAUUAAGUUUACUUUAGGAGAAGAAAAAGCAUUGUCUUAAAUCUGUGUCCGCCCUGAGUACUGGAUUCAACUUGUUUGUGUUGGGAUAUGAUUGUGCUGAUGAGUUUAGCAUGCAGAUACUGGCUGGUUUUGUUUUGUCAGUUUGGAUGUCAGAGUAAAAUAUUGUCGUCAGUCAGACAGAAUUCACAAUUUGGAAUGGAGUGCAGAAGUUAAAGUCAGCGUGUGAAGGCUGCAGUGCGUUGCCUGUGGUGCAUCUGUAGAGUAAUAACUUGUUAUAACUUAAAAAGCUCCAUUCCCAUUAGUUUUUAGGAUCCCACUGAAACUCCAUCAGAAACACCACUGACAUGCGUCUUCUUCAUUCCAUCUCUGGGAAGUUAGUGCUGCCCACUUGUUCUUUGAUAAUAACACAGAGCAGAAUGUUCGGCAUAAGAAUGGACUGAACCAUCAGGAACCACAGAGUUGGUCAGUGACAGAAAGCCCGCUGUUCAUCCAGGCUUGUAAUAAAAGUGAAAAUAUGAUCUUUGGAUUACACUUCCACCGUAUCACAGAAGAUCAACUCGGCAUAUAGGUUAGAACAAAUAUUAAUAUAUUCAGUCUCCCAUCAGCUAAACACACAGACAUCCGUUAUUACACACACAUAGUCCCUGGUGGUCAUUCCAGAAUUCAUGGAGCUGUUGUCACAUACGCAAAAAAUAUGUGAAUUGUUUUGAGAAAUGAAACGGGCUGUGUCCAAGCUUAAGCAGGACAUUCCAUGGUCCUUUGAGGCAGGAUGUACCCCCGAGCUAUACAAUGCAAUGCAUUUUACAUGAGGUCUUAAAUAUCAUGUGACACACAACACACAGAGAAUCUUCACUGAACAUGUGGUGAGUUGGAGCUUUUUGUAAAUCUUGAUUUCCAAUGAUGUUAUAAAUCUAAGUUUGGUUAAUAUUUAAGAGGUGUUGAGGGUGUGAGGACUCUCAGUUGACAGGUUUUAUUCAAAGCUGCUUCCCACUUUGCAGUGACUUAUCCCCAGGAAGUGACAUUUAAAAGAAUGAAUGAAAUGAAAAGCCAUUAGGUGGGGAAUAGAUAUUACUAAUCACAUGUGUAUUUAAUGAAAUGUAUUAUAAAAAGGAGGAAUCUUUGUUAGGUUUUUCUUUGAAAGGCAUUACAGUACAUGGAAGCAACAGAGUUGAGAGAUAAGUGCAGACAUGGUGUAGUGUUGAACGCCUUACUGUAGCCGAUGCUUCGUGUGAAGCUUCUAGAACUUACAGCGACUGUAGUUGGGGAAAUGAGUCAACACCAGGGUAUUAAAGCACGUAGUUCACAUGCAGCAGUGUGGAAGUCUGAUCUCAAAACUGCAUUAGACCCACUGUCCAGCAAAUGCCUAGAAUCCAACAUGGUCUUUAACUCAUGGCUGUCGCUACAGCAUAUUCAUUAUCUUCCCAAUAACUUCUGUGUCAUAGUAUUAACGGAUAUGCAAUGUUAAGUGUCUUCAAAUGAGUAUACAGUAUUUCAUGUUGUCUUUGAUACAGUGCAGUUUUCAUCUUGAAGGCUGGCUCAUGUUCCAGCCUUCCUCCGUGUAGUUGAUCAUAUGCCGAUCCCUGAGGAAGGCCUGUGGUGGGCGCAAACACGUGCACCUCAUAAAUAAGAUGUAGGUGAUUUUGUUAUGAACUUUCAAUUCCUUUGCUGGAGUGUGGGUGUUGUUCCGUUUUAAGCAGACAAUACUAACAUCAUGCUUUACUCAGGUCUGAUCUGAGGGAGGAAACUAGAUUGUUGUUAAAGAAAGAAAGGAUUGGGACAGCGCGGGAAUAUAAUGUUUCUGAGGGGAAAAGGGAAGAGAAGGUGAGAAUCUUGGUUGUAUCAGGAAUGUUUUGUGAGCUAAAUUUGAAAUGGAACCUGGCUUAUUAAUUUCAUGUCAGACAGUGUGGAGCUGGGUCUAAGCUCGUCUGUGAGAGGAGCCUUUAAUGUACGUAUGUGUGCGUGUGGAAUGAGCUCCAACAUCUAUUUGUACAGUAUAGUUUCCACGACCCCAACAGGACAAUCUCUUAUGAAUCUGACAACCUUUAAUUUUUGUCUCUGUAUAGCAUUUUUACAUCACUGUAUAUUGUGUUUGCUUUCCAAGGCAUUUUGAGAGCCUUUUUUCUAAAACUGUUCAUGAAUGUAUUUAAAAUAUUUGGCUUGAAUGCUGAAAGCAACUCUCAUCUUGGCUGUUACUGGUGAUACAGUGCACAUAUUGUUAUCAGUUAUUUUACUUUACAACAUUUUCUUUGUUUGUUUUUUGGCAGUUGUUUCUAUGGAGAUAAAUUAAAAAGCGGGUUUACAUUUUA